CCCCCCACACUGCUCACUUUCCCUCUGUAACCUCUCUCUCUCUCUCUCUCUCUCUCUCUCUCUCUCUCCCCCUCCCCCUCCUUCCUUCCAUCACUUCUUCUGCUCACUCUCAGCAGUCAGCAUCUACUCUUCUCAUCGGCAUCUCUCUCUCUGUGACAUCUCCUUUGACUUGUUCAUGAAAUCUCCGGUGAACCCACCUCACGCUUAAAUCCCUCCGGCCGCUAAUACGACGACAGAUAUAUAAUCCGGUCAAAGAGACCAGCCGCCCCCUGAUGGGCCCCUUCGAUACUGCCGCCACCAGCGGCUCCUCCUCCUCCUCCGCUGGCGCCGGCAAGCCUCCUCCUCCUCCUCCUCCUCCCCAUCUACAGACUGAGCUCGAUGGCCUCCUCGUCGGCGCCGGCUACAAGGUCCGCAACUCCGACCUCCGCCACGUCGCCCAGCGCCUGGAGCGCCUCGAGUCCGCCAUGGUCAGCUCCCCCUCCCACGUCUCCCACCUCGCCUCUGACGCCGUCCACUAUAAUCCCGCCGACCUCGUCUCCUGGGUCGACUCCCUCCUCUCCGAGCUGUCUCACCACCCGUCGUCCUCCUCCUCCUGCUCCUCCUCCCGCUCCCUCCCCGGCCCGUCGUCGGAUCUCCCCGACCUCGACGACCUCAUAGCCAGCCCCGGCGCCACCGCCCCCUGGCUCCACCCAGAGAUGCCCCGUCAGCACGAGCCCCAGCAGCAGUUGAUGACAGUGGUGACGGCCAUGGAGGAGGACUCCGGGAUACGGCUCGUCCACGCGCUGAUGACGUGCGCUGACUCGGUCCAACGUGGCGACUUCCAGUUGGCUCGGACCUUGAUAGAUCAAAUGAACGCCCUCCUCACACGUGUCAACACGGGAUGCGGGAUCGGCAAGGUCGCCGGGUACUUCGUCGACGCGCUCAGCCGCCGCAUCCUCGGCGUGGGCUCGGCCCACGCACCCGCCCACGAGAACGAGAUCCUCUACCACCAUUUUUACGAGGCCUGCCCCUACCUCAAGUUCGCACACUUCACGGCCAACCAGGCCAUUCUCGAGGCCUUCGAGGGCCACGACUGCGUCCACGUGAUCGACUUCAGCCUCAUGCACGGCCUCCAGUGGCCUGCUUUGAUCCAGGCAUUGGCCCUCCGCCCUGGUGGGCCACCAUUGCUCCGCCUCACUGGGAUUGGCCCGCCGUCCCCGGAUGGUCGCGACACUCUCCGGGAGAUUGGGCUCCGUCUUGCUGAGCUGGCCCAGUCCGUCAAUGUCCGCUUCGCUUUCAGGGGUGUGGCAGCAUCCCGGCUUGAGGACGUGAAGCCGUGGAUGCUCCAGGUGGGCUCUAAUGAGGCGGUGGCCAUCAACUCAAUUAUGCAGCUGCACAAGCUCCUCGGUCCCGACCUGGCACGGAAUUCCCAGAAUUCCCCCAUCGAAGCGGUUCUCUCAUGGAUCCAGGGGUUCAACCCGAAGAUCAUGACCCUUGUCGAGCAAGAAGCGAACCACAACCAGUCGGGUUCCUGGACCGUUUCACUGAUGACGUGCGCUGACUCGGUCCAACGUGGCGACUUCCAGUUGGCUCGGACCUUGAUAGAUCAAAUGAACGCCCUCCUCACACGUGUCAACACGGGAUGCGGGAUCGGCAAGGUCGCCGGGUACUUCGUCGACGCGCUCAGCCGCCGCAUCCUCGGCGUGGGCUCGGCCCACGCACCCGCCCACGAGAACGAGAUCCUCUACCACCAUUUUUACGAGGCCUGCCCCUACCUCAAGUUCGCACACUUCACGGCCAACCAGGCCAUUCUCGAGGCCUUCGAGGGCCACGACUGCGUCCACGUGAUCGACUUCAGCCUCAUGCACGGCCUCCAGUGGCCUGCUUUGAUCCAGGCAUUGGCCCUCCGCCCUGGUGGGCCACCAUUGCUCCGCCUCACUGGGAUUGGCCCGCCGUCCCCGGAUGGUCGCGACACUCUCCGGGAGAUUGGGCUCCGUCUUGCUGAGCUGGCCCAGUCCGUCAAUGUCCGCUUCGCUUUCAGGGGUGUGGCAGCAUCCCGGCUUGAGGACGUGAAGCCGUGGAUGCUCCAGGUGGGCUCUAAUGAGGCGGUGGCCAUCAACUCAAUUAUGCAGCUGCACAAGCUCCUCGGUCCCGACCUGGCACGGAAUUCCCAGAAUUCCCCCAUCGAAGCGGUUCUCUCAUGGAUCCAGGGGUUCAACCCGAAGAUCAUGACCCUUGUCGAGCAAGAAGCGAACCACAACCAGCUCGGGUUCCUGGACCGUUUCACUGAGGCAUUGUAUUACUACUCGACCAUGUUCGACUCGCUCGAGGCAGCUUGCCCCAUCCAGCCCGACAAGGCCCUCGCUGAGAUGUACCUCCAGAGGGAGAUUUGCAACAUUGUGUGCUGCGAGGGGGCAGCUCGGGUCGAGAGGCACGAGCCUCUGACCCAGUGGAGGGACCGGCUAGGGCAGGCUGGGUUCAGGCCCCUACACCUCGGGUCGAAUGCUUUUAAGCAGGCGAGCAUGCUACUGACCCUAUUUUCUGCCGAGGGGUAUAAUGUGGAGGAGACUGAAGGGUGCCUGACGCUCGGGUGGCACAGCCGGCCGCUUAUCGCGGCCUCAGCUUGGCAAGCGUCACCGGCCAUUGUUGGCCCUGAAAUGGAGGCCAAUAACGACCGCAAUAAUAACGAUUAGGGAUUAGUAUGACAAUAAUUAGUUAAUAAUCAGUUGUAAAAUUUAAUUUUGGUUUUUGGAAUUCACAUCUUUCUUCCGAUAAUUUUCUUGUGGCAAUGUAAUGAGAGGAAAAGGAAUUUUACUUCACGAGUCAUACAAAUAUAUCUUUCCUUCCAACCGGA